AUGUCUUUCCGGGCACUCAUGGCUAUUGCAGCAGAAUUCGACCUCGAACUUGAUCAAAUGGAUGCAGUAAACGCCUUCGUUAACUGUCCACUCGAGGAGGAGGUAGUCUUUAUGAGGAUGCCUCCGGGUUUAGCAAACCAGGCAGAAUUCUUUUGCUCCGAAAGCCCUAUACGGUCUACGACGAUCCCCUUUGCUUUGGCAACAGCACCUACCCGAUCCCUAGAGGAAUUAGGAUUCGAAAAGGUCCCACAAGAACCUUGUGUGAUGAAGAAGGGGGCAGUCAUUGUCUUCUUCUACGUUGACGAUAUUGUCUGGGCCUAUAAGAAAGAAGACCAAGGAAUAGCUAUGGAGGCUAUGCGAGGACUGCAAGAACGAUAUAAAAUGACAUUGCUUGGGGAGCCCCGCUGGUUCCUAGGCAUACACAUCCUUCGGGACCGGACUAAGAAGACGAUUUGGCUGACGCAAGAUGCCUAUAUCGAGAAAAUAGCCCACAAGCUAUUAGGACCGGACCGACUUUCCUCAAAGCUUCCAGACACACCAAUGACAACAGAAGAGCUACUCCCUUCUACUAGCCGAGCAAGCGAACAGGAAAUUCAUAGGUACCUACAGAAGGUAGGAUCUAUCCUCUUUGCAGCUAUUUCGACGAGACCAGAUAUCGCCUUUGCGGUCUCUCGGCUAGCUAGACAUAACCAGAACCCCAACGAAUCACACCAGAAGGCAGCAGACCGGGUUAUUCUUUACCUCUAUAAUACCCGUUCCUUUGAAUUCGCCUAG